ACCAAAUUCUACUAUCAAAAGAUAAGUUAUAAGGAAUACUAUAAUCUUCUGUAUCUUUCUGACACCAACCCCUUAGGGAAGAAAAACAAGAACAAGAAAAUGGAAACUAUAGGAGUACUAAUGGCAUGUUCAAUGUCAUCAUACUUAGAACAAGAACUUGACAAGCGAUUCAACCUCUUACGUUACUGGAACUUCUCCGACAAGAAAGAAUUCAUCAACAAGUACGCGCAUUUAAUAGGUGCUGUCGUGGGUAACGCUGCUGCUGGUGCUGAUGCUGAACUUAUCGAAGCGUUGCCUAAGCUAGAAAUAGUGUCCAGUUUCAGUGUUGGAUUGGAUAAGAUUGAUUUGAAUAAAUGUAAAGAGAAGGGUAUUAGAGUGACAAAUACACCUGAUGUGUUGACAGAUGAUGUUGCUGACCUUGCUAUAGGAUUAAUGUUGGCUGUUCUCAGGAGAAUUUGCGAGUCUGAUCGCUACGCUAAGAAGGGAAUGUGGAGGGCUGGUGACUUCAAGUUGACUUCUAAGUUCAGUGGCAAAACAGUUGGUAUAAUAGGAUUAGGAAGGAUUGGCUUAGCAAUUGCCAAAAGAGCAGAAGCUUUUGGUUGUCUAAUCAGUUACUACGCGAGAUCAGAAAAACCAGAUACAACUUACAAGUAUUAUCCAACUGUAGUUGAGCUGGCUACCAACUGUGAGAUCCUAGUCGUGGCGUGUGCACUAACUCCUGAGACUCGUUACAUUGUCAACCGUGAAGUAAUUGAUGCAUUAGGUGCAAAGGGGAUUCUUAUCAAUAUCGGUAGAGGUCCUCAUGUUGAUGAAAAAGAGAUGGUAUCUGCUCUUCUGGAGGGUCGAUUAGGAGGCGCUGGCCUUGACGUGUUUGAGAAUGAACCUGAAGUACCUGUGCAGCUAUUUGGGCUUGAGAAUGUAGUCCUGUUGCCUCAUGUAGCCAGUGGCACAGAGGAAACGCGCAAGGAAAUGGCUGAUAUUGUUAUUGGAAACUUAGAAGCUCACUUUCAGAACAAACCAUUGUUAACUCCAGUGGUUUAGGAAUGUAACUAACAUAUAUUUGUCAUGGUUGUCUGGAGGUUAGCUACAUGUUGAUGUAAAUUCUGUUUCCCUUUAUGUAAAGGGGCCUUGGCGUAACUGGUAAAGUUGUUGCCAUGUGACCAGGAGGUCCUGCAAUAGACUUGAUUGGUCCUGCAAUGACCUGUUUGAUUUGUACAAAGCUUUUAUAUUCGGCAACAGUCCAAAUAGGCUCUAGAAUUUCCAUUUGAAAAAAAAAAAGCACCUUAAAAGAGAGAUUGCCUCUGUGAAGCUUUCUUCCCCAGUAUUGCCUCCCAAACCAGCGGCAAGAAUGGCCCUUUCUUGUCCAAAUAUUCCCUAACAGCUUUCUCAUCAAGGAUAAAACCCUUGUGCCUCACCGCUUUAAUCAUGAUUUGGGCAUCUUCUGGACUCUUCUCUUUGCAAUACCCAUCGACCAAACCAACAAAGGUCGUCAUGUUGGGGGAAUGUCCAGCCUCCAACAUCUCCAAGCAAAACUCGAGGGCGUCCUGUUAUCUCUUGCUCUGACAGAGCCCCCGGAUUAAGCUACUGUAACUAAAAGCAUUAGGAAUAUGCCAUUGCCUUGCAUUUUCCGGAAGAUCCUCACAGCAUCAUCAUAUUUGUGGGCUUUAAAAAAGCCUUCUACCACAGCAGUGUAGUUAACAACUUCAGGUCUUCUAAAAGCUGUAGAAUGGGUGGGGUUGCUGCUGCUGAGGCGUUGUCUUUGGGAUGGAUUGAACGACCUUCUGGAAUCAGCUCUUAAGGGCAUAACCGGUAUAGGAUCAGGAGGAGGAGGGUAGUUGGACUGAGUGGAUUCAUCAGGGUAUUUGUUAGAGCUGCUAAACGAUGAGGGUAAUGUUGUUGAGGAAGGUGUCUCAUUUACUUUCACCUUAGGAGAGCAGAGACUCCUGUAAUAUUUCCAAUAAAUGUUAAUACCCUUCUUUCACAAUAAUGUUGUUCUCAUAAUGUUUAUGUACACGUUUCAAAAUA